GCAAGAUAAUGACGUCCUCAGCUGGUGACGUGUCAGUUUGUUUACAGCGGUCCUGCGCCGUCGCUGCACAGACAUGGCUGUGGAUAUAACUUUACUAUUUAAAGCCAGUGUCAAAACAGUAAAAACCAGGAACAAGGCAAUAGGAAUCGGCUUUGACUCUACCAAAGAUGACAUUUUCAAGAGGAGUAGACCCAAGAGCGGCUUCACUCCGAAAGCGAAAGAAGUGAUCACAAACAUCACCAAGCUCAAAGACUUUCUGCUACAACACAGGAAAGAUUAUGUGAGCGCCGGAAGCCUCAUCUCGUCAGAUCUUUCUCGUAUGACGGACAGCGAACGAGACCAGAUCGACCAGGAUGCUCAGAUCUUCAUGAGGACGUGUUCUGAGGCCAUCAAGCAACUACGCAAUGAAGCGGAGAAGCAGGUGACAUCAGCCCAGAUAAAGGAGCACAGAGGGGCAGUGCUGGACCUCAUUGAAAUGUAUCUGAGAGGAGUGUGUAAGCUGUACUCUGAACAGAGAGCAAUCAGAGUGAAGAGAAUGGUGGACAAGAAGAGGCUGUCGAGACUGGCCCCAGAGCACCACAGUCGGGUGGAGAAAAGGCCGGACGUGGAGCCCACGGAGGAGAAGACUGUCAAGGAGGAAAGUUCUGAGAAGAGUGUGUCGGAGGUCCUGGACAACCCUGUCAACCCGUGGGAGGAGAGCCGAGUGGAGGACGAGCUCUCGCCUGAGGAGAUCCAGAUGUUUGAGCAGGAGAACCAGCGGUUGGUGAGUGAGAUGAACAGCCUGGUGGAUGAAGUGAGGCAAAUCGAGGGGAAGGUGGUGGAAAUCUCUCGACUACAGGAGAUCUUCGCUGAGAAAGUCCUGCAACAAGAAACAGAGAUAGACAAUAUUCAUCAGCUGGUUGUUGGGGCUACAGAAAACGUCAAAGAAGGCAAUGAGGAUAUACGAGAGGCAAUCAAAAACAAUGCUGGCUUCCGGGUGUGGAUCUUGUUCUUCCUGGUCAUGUGCUCUUUCUCUCUGCUCUUCCUGGAUUGGUAUGAUAGCUAACACAGCUAGCCAGCAUGGACUCUCAGAAAACAAAAAAAUGUCUGGCUCUAGCUCAUGUCGGUUAUCUCGUGAAGAGUGAUGACAACACAAAGACUGAAUGUACAGCUUGCCAUUCAAAGUAACAAAGUGUUUUUCAUGAAGAUUCUGUGAUCAAGUGGACGUUGCGGUUUUUCCUGAUGCUAACCAUCUAUUUCACAGUUUAAAAGCGCUUAAAUGGAGGCGAGCUUUCUAUGGAGCAUUGUGUCGACUUUAAAAUGCGCACAUGUUUUGACAGUGAGUCUUUAAUCCACUAAAAACAGUGAUAACUGGCAGGAAGUGUUCUUGUCUGAUUGACUAAAAAAAACCCAAAACAUUAAUUUCUGUUGAUCCUUUUUGGACAAACUAGUUUAUUCUGUGUAGACUGGCUUCACAUUGACUUUGCUGUCUAAUUCACUCCAUAAAUACUUAAUAAACUUGUGUCCCUCAAUGAAAUAUAAA